CCUCGAGAAAUCAUCUCUCAUCAACCACCAACCUCCUUGGAGAUCCGAAACGCAACCAAGCUCCAAUCUUUCCGACUAAACGAAGUCGUUUCAAGUCGUUCAGCUGCCUGUAUCGACCAUUGCAGCUUCGAUUACCUGCUUCUCCAUCAGAUUACUCUGUACUGAUCCAGCUACUAUCUACAGCAUGGGCUCCACAAAUGGACUAGCAAUUGGAGGAGGGAAGAAACCUCUAUUUUCCUUCGGGGUUAUAUCUGAUGUUCAGUAUGCUGAUAUUCCUGAUGGUUACUCUUUCAUUGGCGUUCCCCGGUUUUAUCGACACAGCCUUCUUGUUUUGCAAAGGGCAGUCCAAAAUUGGAAUGCCCAUCAGAAACUUAAAUUUGUGCUCAAUUAUGGGGAUAUAGUUGAUUUACAUUGCCCUCAGGACCAAUCUCUAGAUGCCGUGAAGAAAGUAGUUGAUGAAUUUGGCAAAUUCAAUGGUCCCGUGUAUCACAUGAUUGGUAAUCACUGUUUGUACAAUCUUCCUCGUGACAAGCUACUUCCACUAUUGAAGAUUCCAGGUGAAGAUGGGCGUGCCUAUUAUGAUUUUUCACCUUCUCCAGAUUACAGAUUUGUUGUACUGGACGGCUAUGAUGUCAGUGCCAUUGGUUGGCCGCAAGACCAUCCCAAUAGAUUGAAUGCCUUACAAUUUCUAAGUGAGAAGAACCCUAAUUCCGAGAAGAAUAGUCCCGAGGGACUAGUGGGACUUGAGAGAAGGUUCCUUAUGUUCAAUGGUGCAAUUGGUAAAGAACAGUUGGAAUGGUUGGAGGGAGUGCUUCAGGAUGCAACAAGGUUAAAACAGAAAGUGGUGGUCUGUUGCCAUGUGCCAUUGGAUCCUGGUGCAUCAUCUAGUGAAGCGCUUCUCUGGAAUUAUGAUGAGGUGAUGGAUGUUAUACACAGGUACAAUUGCGUGAAGGUUUGCUUAGCAGGUCAUGAACACAGCGGGGGGCACUCGAUUGAUGCAUACGGAGUACAUCAUAGAGUCCUUGAAGCAGCCUUGGAGUGUCCCCCUGGCAAAGAUGCAUAUGGAUAUAUAGAUGUAUAUGAUGACAGGCUAUCGCUUGUUGGUACAAAUUGUAUGGAGAGUACAGAAAUGUGUUUCAGUCAUUGAGACAACAUUUGGUCUGUUUCUUUCUAAAGUUAUUGUGAAAUCAUCAUUCAUCGAAAUCAUGUGUGUACAUUGUCUUUGAAAUGUCAUAAGCUAUAUCAAUGCUGGAGUUCCUUUUUCUGCCUCUGGUAAAAA